GUCGCACGCCGUUCCCGUCGUCACGCACAAACCGUCCGCUCACGCACGCACGCACGCACGCACGCACGCACCACGCACGCAUCCACGUACGCCGCCCGACGGGUUUUCGGUUUCGACGAUUCCGUGCGGACACCGUGGCCGUUACAGAAGACCUACCCGCGUGACCGUUGUUCGUGUACCGCGGUUCGAUAUUAUUUUUAAUUUUUUCCUCAAACCGUCGGUCGUCGUUCGUGCGCGCGUCCCGAACUCGCGUCGUGCGACAUUCCGUACGAAUGCAGCGGUCUGCCGCCGGCGGUCGCAGUACGUCGCCCGUGCGCGUGUGGUGAUCCACGGUGUGCACACACGGGUUUUAAUCGCGCGCAGUAUACGUUCUCGCGCGCGGCGUGCACCCCGGCACUGCGCGUUCCGAUCGAUCUCUCUCCGUUCCGUUUAAAAAUGAUCCAAGUGGCCGCGACGCCGAUGAUCGUCAAACCGAAAAUCGGAUUCUCCAUAGAGUCCAUCGUGGGCGCGGGCUCCCGGUCGCCGGCCAGGAGCGAAGGCUCGUCGGUGGCGUUGCACGACGAGAGCGAACCGUGCAGCUCGGCCGCCGGUUCGCCGCUGAACCCCGGCAGCGUGUCGCCACCGCCGCCGUCGUCGCAUCACCAUCAACACCAUCAUCAUCAUCACCAUCAGCAGCACCAUCAGCAGCAGCAGCAGCAGCAGCAGCAAUCCCAUCACGUGCAGCACCACCAGCAGCACGAACAGCAGCAGUCCGCAGCGGCGGGCACCACCGUGUUCAAGCCGUCCGCGCUGCCCGCCGCCGCCGCCACCGCCGCCGCCGCAGCCGCCGGUUACGGGUCCUCUUCGUCGUCGGUGGCCGCCGCGGCCGCAGCAGCCGCGGCCGCAGCGGCCGCCGGUCAGCUGGCCAAGGGGUUGCAGUACGUGCACGAACCGCUGACGCCGCCGCCGCCGCCGCCCGCUCACCCGCACCCGCACCAUCCGUUCGCGUUCGCCGCGGCCGCGGCUGCCGCCGCCGCAGCGCACCACUUCCAGCCGAAUCCUCACCAUCCGCAGCACCAGCCCACCCGCGACACGUACCCGUUGUACCCGUGGCUACUGUCCCGGCACGGAAGGAUAUUCCCGCACAGAUUUCCCGGAGGUCCAGACAUACCGGGAUUCCUGUUACAACCGUUCAGAAAACCUAAGAGAAUAAGGACGGCGUUCAGUCCGAGCCAACUGCUCAAACUGGAACACGCCUUCGAGAAAAACCAUUACGUCGUCGGCGCCGAACGGAAACAGUUGGCUCAAUCGCUGAGUCUCACCGAAACUCAGGUCAAAGUGUGGUUCCAGAACAGGCGCACCAAACACAAGCGGAUGCAGCAGGAAGAAGAGGCCAAAGUGCAGCAGCAACAGUCCGGCGGGGGCGGCGGCCCGAAGAACUCGCAUCACGUGAACAAGUGGAAACAGGAGACGCAGAACAGCGGGUCGGACAGCGAAAUGCACCACUACGGGGACGGUUCGCCGCAGUCGGUGCCGCACAGGGACGACGGGACGACGAUGCACUACGACGGGUACAGUUCCGAAGCGGACAGCGACGUCUAGACGUCCGGACCACAAGACGAGACCGCGCGCGGCCACUGAUCCCGCGGUAAGGGACGACCGAACCCUCCCGGACACCGGUAACCUGUACGGGCAAAGCCGCUCGAUCGUUUCACCUCGUCGUGGACGUUCGCGCAGCGGUCCCUCCGGCGCACUCAUCAAUCCCACGACGACCGGACCGGCGAUCGUUAACCGCGCGGUCCGUAUUUCUAUCAUAUUAUUAUUAUUAUUACUAUUACCAUUAUAUUAUUAUUAUUAUAAUCAUCUUCGUCAUCAUCAUCCGCCGCCGUCGUCGUCGUUAUGUUGUUUUGUAAUCGCCGUUACAGUUCGUAACGGUUGUGAGUUGGUUUUCCGCGCAAAAGUGGACAUCGUGGUCCGCUGUUUCUAGUCAUUAUUCACGUGGUUCACACGGAAAUCGUAUGUUUCGCGUUCAAAACAUUUGUAUAGUAUAUUUCGUACGUUGCUUUCGAACAACCGAAGUUGACCAACACAUACGAGUUCUACGUAUAUAUAUAUAUAUGUAAAUAUAGAUGUACAUAAACGUAUUUUUUAGCGCAUUCGUUACGCGAUAUGAACGUAUUCGUACGCGUUUAAUGUACGCUAAACUUGUGAGUUUUUUUUUUUUUUAAUUAUUAUUAUUAUUAUUGAAUAAUGUAUAAAAGACUAAUAAAAUUGUAUUCUCAUCGUAGGACGCCUAGAGUGUAAUGUAUUAUAUAUUUAUAUACAAACAACGUGUAUUAUUAUUAUUAUUAUUAUUAUUAUUAUUAUUAUUAUUAUUAUUACUAUUAUUAUUAUUACUAUUAUUAUUGUAACGGAAAUAACCUCGAACCAGUUAAAAGUCUUUUGUACAAAAUCCUUGUCCGUUCUAUGCUCUUCAGAAGAGACCGACUAUUACAAUUAUAAAAUAAAAAAAAAAAAUCAAUAAAUCGUUGGACAACUAU